AGUUUGCACACUUACACUAUUUGCAAGGUAACAAAACUGUCACAUACUCGUAACUGAAUGUGCAUAUGUGUGCAGAUCGACUUACCUCGAUUCGAAAAUCUCACUCCAGGCAGCUGACCGAAGUUGGCAAGCCUGGAAAAUGAGAGUGCAUGCGUCUAUGUGUCGUGUUUAUGCUUAACUGUGGUUUUAAAAUGUUGAACAUUUGAAUGUGAUCAGCAUGCAAAAUACCGGUUUAUGUCUUUCAGAUACAAUUAAUAUACUGGUUUUUAAGUACUGGGCUAGUUUCACCUUCCUCUGGGCAGAUUUUAAGCAGAGCCUGGGCAGGAGAUUUUUGCUGUACUUCGCAACACUUCAAACUUGGUACAGCGGAGAAAGGACCAAGAGUCUCUCACAAAACGCCGCGUGAAUUUGCAGUUCAAGCGUCGACGCUUUCGAAUUUAGAAAGCAUAGGCGAUCCUUCCCACAUUUGUUACUUGUCGUCUCCAUCACUUCGCUCAUCAAGGAGAAAGAAAAAAACUUGAGAAGGUCUCUGCUGGAUUUGUUCAGUUUCUAUUCCAUUCGCUCUGAUUUGGUGGCAGUACCACCUGGAGCCAACCUCGCCCCAGUCUAACCUGUUUCUGACAUUUGCCCAGGUCUCGGAUUCCCAAGGAUGUAAUUCCCUGGGUGGCUCACCACUGAUGCUUAAGUGUGCUUGGCCGCUCUGUUUGACAGGGUGUGGGAUACCUCCACCAUGACUAGUUAAUCGGUCAUGGUGGAGCUGGCCAACUCGCUGCAAACGGGGUGGAUUCUGGAAGCCAUUCAGAAGAUCAGAAGACAGAAGCAGAGGCCAUCAGAGGAGCAGAUCUGCCACACAGUGUUGGCUUCUCGUGGACUUGACAGGUGCUCAGUGUCUGUGAUGGUGCUGUGCUCAAGGUCACCAACAAAGGAUACACUUCAUACAAAGAGACGGAAAAUCAUUCAAUACAUCUUUUCAACCUGGGGAAAUAUCUGCUUCACUAACAAGAUCUUUGCAGAUGUCCAGCAAACUGCAGUAGCUUGACUGGAAUAAUAUGCUGAAAAGGGCAAUUGAAGCCCUUGCCGAUCCACAGGCGUCCUCUCUGAGAAGCUUCAAGUAGUACCUUCAGAAAGGAGAGGACCUUUUCAACCUUGUCAGUAACCCAAUGUUCCAGCGCAAGCUGUGGCUGGCCAUCAAGCGGGCAGUCAACAGUGGGAGGCUGGUGAGAACAGGCCGGAUGUACAGGGUGAAAUGCAGUGGGGGUGGGGUGUCCCCUGGAGAGACCAGUGCCACCUCAGCACCUCUACACCUUCCACAGGUGACGUUACUCCCACAUGAGAAGGACCAGCUGCGGGCCGACCCCAUUCCCAUCUGCAGCAUCUGCAUGGGCACCAAGGAGUCCAACCGAGUCAGACUGCCAGAGGAGCUGCUGUCCUGUGUCGACUGUGGAAGCAGUGGCCACCCAUCCUGUCUGAAGUUCUCGCCAGAGCUGAUCACCAACAUAAAGGCCCCACACUGGCAGUGCCACGAAUGCAAGAUCUGCAGCUGUUGUUGCAUCCAGGGCAAAAAUGUUGACAAAAUGCUCUUCUGCCAGUCCUGCGAUCAGGGAUUUCACAUGGAGUGCUGUGAUCCACCACUGGCCCACAUGCCCAAAGGGAGGUGGAUCUGUCCGGUCUGCCAGCCAAAGAGGGGGGGGAGGCGACUCCUGCACCAGCGAGCGGCACAGAUCAAGCGGUGGUACGGCAGGCCGCGGGGGAGGCCACAGGCGUGGUGGGGCCUGCUGGCAGCGCCUGUAGGAGAGAGAUCCCCGGUUGCCUUGACAGAACAGAAGUCCCCGGGUAGGGGUCUAAAGGUCACUGUGUCCCCCACACCCUCAUCCAGCUCUGCUCGCCCUGUGGGGGACUUCAAGACCAGGCUCUCUGCUCCUACCUCCCUCACCCGAAGCAGGAAGGCUAAGGGGCUUAUUGGUGACCAGUCCCAGGUCUUAACCUCCUCUCCCAUCAGCCACCAUUCCUGGGACAAAGUGCCUGAUUCUUCAAAGCCAUGUGGACAUGAGGGGGCUGACCCCCCUGUCUUACAGACCCCCCCCAGUCCCGAGGAGGGUGGCUCCCCCCUCAGCUCCUCCAGCCAGUCCAGCGGUCUGUCUCUGGACAACGCCCCCUGCCGCAGCCAGCUGAAAGGCCUGUUUGACGGCCUGUCGCACAUCUAUGUCACACAGCGACCUGCCCGCAGGAAGCACCAGCCCAGCCAUGCCCCUCCCAGGUGUGCAUGGUCCAGGCUCUGCCCUCUUCCUGGCCCCCUUCGGAAUGCCCUGCCCCCACCCUCCUCCGGCUGGGGACUGAGCAGGAGACAGCCCUUCAAGGUCGCUGCAGAUUUCAGGAAUAUGGCCUGGCUUAAGAGAUGCAGAACACUGGGCAGGUUACACAGAAUGGGGCCUCAGAGGGGGGCCCCAGCUGACGGACCCGUCACACCCAAACAGGACUGUGGCAGUGAGGUCCAGUGUGCCACCAGGCCGCAGAGUUGGAGCUUAGGGGUGACGACGGAGGAUGUUGAGAUGUUCAGGCACGUACAGGAGCUGUCCUCUCUGGUGCUGCAGAAAACAGGUGGUCAGAGCGGACCCCAUCCUGGGCACCGUCCUCUGUACAUCGAGCUAGGAAACUAUGAAAUCCAGACGUGGUUCUCCUCGCCCUACCCUCCUGAGUAUUCCAGGCUGCAUAAACUAUACAUCUGCGAGUUCUGCCUGGCGUACAUGAAGAGCAGGGUCGUCCUGCAGAGGCACACCGAGAAGCACGCCUGCUUCCGCCCCCCAGCUGACGAGAUCUACAGGAAGGACGAGCUCUCCGUCUUUGAGGUCGAUGGAAGCAUCAGUAAGAUCUUUUGCCAGAACCUCUGCCUGCUAGCCAAGUUCUUUCUGCAGCACAAGACGCUGUACUAUGACGUAGAGCCCUUUCUCUUCUAUGUCCUGACGCGGAAUGACAGCAAGGGCUGCCACCUGGUCGGAUACUUCUCCAAGGAGAAGCACUCCCAGCAGAACCACAAUGUCUCCUGCAUCAUGGUCCUGCCUCAGUACCAGAGGCAGGGAUAUGGCCACUUCCUCAUUGACUUCAGUUACCUGCUCUCCAGGUGUGAGGGCCAGACUGGCUCCCCUGAAAAGCCGCUCUCCAGUCUGGGCCGGCUCUCCUACCUGGCAUACUGGCGUGGCACUAUCCUGGAGCACCUGGAGCGGCAGCGGGGCGCGGCCCUCAGCAUCAGGGGCCUGAGCCGCGACACUGGCAUCUGCCCGCAUGACAUCGCCACUACGCUGCAGGAGCUGCACAUGGUGGAGGUGCGGGCCGGCAGGUGUGUGCUGGUCUGGCGGGAGCAGCUGAUCAGGGAGCAAAUGGAGCGCAGGGGGAGAAAGUCACCCCAGCACACCCUGCACCCUGAGUGCCUGCACUGGCCCAAGGGGCACUGCACUGCCCUGGCUGUGCAGAUGAAGCAAAGCACUAGCUGGGAGGAAGAAGAGCAGGAUAUAGUCAGGCUAAUUGGAGCCAGCUGGCCGUCCCACGCAUUGGCCCAGAGGAGAGGUCGGCUGUGUGGAUUUCCAAGAGGAGAGCAGCACACGGGUGAGAGGGAUGUCCCGAUGCCAGUGCCGAAGCGGAAAAGGGGGCGCAGGCAGAAACAAGUCAAUAGCAGUGUUACCACGGAGACGAUCUCAGAAAGAACAGCGGUGCUACACGACGAGGGGAGUCCCACCAGGACAAGAAGGACCGAGGGGGAGCUGCCACAAGCUGCAAAGCGCAAAAGGGGAUGGCCGAAAGGUGUCAAGCGUAGCCUGUUCAGGAGACUGAAGAGUGAGAGGAAGACCGGCUUCAAGCUCAACCUCUACACCCCUCCAGAGACCCCUGUGCCGACCGAGCAGCUCACCAUUCCGGAAGAGCCUGAGGAGGGUGGUGGGGAGCCCAUGGCUGGGGUAGAGCCCACAGCUGAGCCACCGUCACCUGUUAAACCAGAUACCUCGAUCUCACCUUUCUGCCCCUGUGAGCCCCCUCUCGUGGACAAGGGGCUCACUGACUGGACAAGAGCAGAUAGUGAGGAGGACACCAUACAUGUUGAUGAUCACACUGCAGAUGGUGAGGAUGAUGGUCACAGUGCCCCCAAAGAUUCAUGGAUGGGGGGAGCAGCAACAGAGGCAUCUGAGGGGCUGCUUUUCUGCUCUGAAGGUGUUUUAAGUGAGGUGGGUGGUGCGGAGUGUGUGCCUGGUGUGGACAGGGUGUUUCAGGUUGGCGUCAGCGCCUGUGAGUACAGGCCCCCCUUCCAGACAGAGGAGGACAGCAGUGGUGCGCUUCUGGUGCUGCUGAGAAAUGCCUGCACCCCUCCGGAUUGCCACGAAGCUGAUCCGACACGUGCAGUGGCGUGGUCACCGAUGGGGAAGGAGGAGCCCAGUGACCAGUUUCAGGACUAUGGUGAGGCUUGCCGGGACCUGCAGGACCAUCUGCACCUGGAGCAGCAGAGCCCCCCUGUGGCCACCCUGAGCAAUUCCACCCAUUCUGAGCAAAGCAGUCCCCUGUGCCAUUUGGUCUAUUCUGUCAGCAGUCCUGCCGUAUCGCUGCUAGAGAGCAGCUAUGCACAGAUCAGCCCCGAACAUGGCGUUACGGCAAUGCCGCACCUGCGGGGCCUGGAUGCCAGCCCUGUGAUGGACGCGCCUUCAAUGCUGUCUGAACCCUCGGGUCACGUGGUGGACAGCAGCUUCAGUGACCUGGGCAGCAUCGAGAGCAAUCCAGAGACCUAUGGGAGCCCGGGCAGCUAUGACUGCAGGGCUGGAGCCUGGCAGGCAGGCGGCUCAUACAGCAGCCUGGAAUCGAGCGUCUGUGCCAUGGGCCAGCAGGUGGUUGAGGGCCUGAUGCCCCAGGGCCAUAUGAACUCACCACAAAGCUGCUAUGCCCUGGAGUGUCCACCCACCAGAGGCUGCCAGACAGCAGCACGUCACACAGUCCCUGGAGGCUUCCGCAUGGCCCACGAAGUGGUAGGCCUAGGCCUGUAUGAGCACAUGAGCCGGGCAGAGUAUGUGAGCGCCCCCUAUGGCCAGCCCACGACCAUGUUCAGUCUCAGCAAGCUGCAGCAGCUCACUAGCACUCUCAUGGAGCCGGUGUCCUUCAGCUGGCCCGCCUCACAGCUAUCCUAUGGCAGCACCCUGUCACCUUCGGCAUGCCGGCCACAGAACAUCAGCCCCAGUGGCCCACCCCCUGACCUGACUCCCCCAGCCAUGAUUCAGUGUAAUGUGGCCAUGCCUCCCCCACAGAAGCUGCAGAUGGUGAUGAUUGAGGGCCACAUAGCCACAUGUGGCAAAUCAACUCUGCCGCCGGCCCCCCAGCAGUGGGUGCACAGCCACGGUGCGCACCACCCCCCCCAGGCGAACAUCAUGCCUGGUGCAGCCUACAGCGUCAACUCCCUGAACGUCAACAUGAACAUGCACAUGGCACCCAUUGACCACACCAUGACUGGAUACAUGCCGCAUUCCGUCAUCAAUGGCGGCCACCAUGUACACCAGCCCCCACAGUAUUCCAUGCAGAUGGGGAAGCAGCACGUUCAGGCCCCAGUGCGCGGUGACGUGAUGUACGACCCGACAGAUCACCGGGGAUACGCGGACGGCGCUGUGUCCAGGCAGUCUGUGCGGGCUGCUUACAUGAGGCGUUAGGAAGAAUGGCCAUCUUGGGCGAGCCUGUCAUUACCUGUCAUUACCUGUCAUUACCUGUCAUUUGUGAAGUAGUGCCAGCAAGCAGGUGAUGUUAUUAAAAAAAAACAAUAAAAAAGCAGUGAAAAACAGUUCAAGUGAUGCCUUAUGAAGACAGGGUCUCUGGUGCAGCCUGAGAGCCACGUCACACCAUGCCCACUGUAGGGUUUUUACUAAGGGUACUUAGUGUACCCUGCCUAUGCCUUUCAGUCCCCAGAGUGCUGCCACUCUAUUGGCAGAGGUAGAAUGUUCAGGUCCAAUAAGUACAAAUUUGGACUAAGGUUUUGUUUCAGCCAACUAGUUGACGACUCUUUAAUUCUUCAUACUGAAUUUAUUGGCUGAAUUUCCACAGUCUAUUGGCUGUUUGUGUGUCUGUACAGGUGUCAUUUUAUUAUUGAAUGAUUGUCUGGAUUUGCACUUUGAAACUGUCAAAAUCAUAAACUUUGUUAGCAUUUCUUUUUAUCCAGCUUAAAGUGUGAAGGGUGUAAUUCAGGAUUUCUUUUGUUUGAAGUUUUCCUAAAUGAGGCAGCUUUGUGUUUUUUUUAACAGCAUGUCUGUCUGUAUAAUGAAAUUUGUUUGCAAAGAAAAAUAUAUAUAACUGCACAUCCAGUACAAAGGUAAUGUACCACAAAAAUGCCUUUAAAAGUACCUUAAAUAGAUUUAUGUCCAACAGAAAUGUCUAGAACAGGACAAGUGACCAAAUGGUGUAUAGAAAAUCAGGUGAAAUCAGCUGUUUGUAAAGCUUAUAUUUUUUGUACCUGUACCAAGGGGUAGGAUUCUGUAGGCUGUGAUGGACUUUCAUUUAUGACUUUCUAUUCAUGCUGUACAAUUUAGCCAAAAAUAAAUUAUACUGUGUCACAGGA